AUGUUCUUUCCUUCAUUGAUUCUGGCUGCUGGCAGCCUGCCGACUCUCAUUCAAGCCAUUCCUCAUGGCGUGAAGCCUCAUCACUCCUUGCACCGUCGCGCCGCUGCCACUUAUGCUAUCAUGGGUGGUACCGGCGACGCCUCCGACGGAUGGCCCUCCCUGAGUCAGUGGUCGGAGUACGAGACUCUCUGGGGUCUCAACCAAAUUCUCAUUGCCGCAUCAUGCGACAACUCUGACGACGAAACAAGCGACAUUAACACCAGCAUCAAGUCGAUCGCCAGCGAAACGGGCGUCGACGCUCGAUUUAUCCUUGCAAUUGUUAUGCAAGAAAGUAAGGGCUGCGUUCGCGUCCAUUCCACCAACAACGGUGUUCUGAACACUGGUCUCAUGCAGAGUCACGCUGGCCAGGGCUCCUGCAACAAGGAUGGCAGCAUGACAACUCCCUGCCCCUCGUCCAUGAUUAGGCAAAUGAUCAAAGACGGCACCGCUGGAACCACCGAGGGCGACGGUCUCAAGCAGUGCUAUGAAGCCCAGAGCGGCGCCGAGGCGGCCAAGUACUACAAGGCCGCACGCACUUACAACUCUGGCUCCAUCGCCUCAUCCGGCAACCUCGGUCAGGGCGGCGCAACCCACUGCUACGCCUCUGACAUCGCCAACCGUGUCCGCGGCUGGGCUGGUGAUAUGAGCGAGUGUACCGAAGCUACCAUUGGAACCGUUACUAGCGGCGCGGAGUCCGCCCUCGGUGGUGGCGAUGACUCCAGCAGCUCCUCUUCUUCGACCGCCGCCGAACAGCCCGCCGAGACUGCUGAGCCUGUCCAGACCUCCGCUCCCGCCGAAGCUGCCCAGCCUACCGAGACAUCCUCCACUGCAUCCACUGAGACCACCGCGGGUUGGGCCCUCCCCACCUGGAUCCCCCACGUGGACGUGCAUGUGGCCGCGCCAACCCACACUCCUACACCAUCCUUCACAACCAGGUCUGCGCCUACCGCGACAACAGCGCCCACUGCCCCCGACUCCUCAUCCACAAAAGCCCCUCUCUACCCAUACGCCAACUCAUCAUGCCAGAAAUACUACACUGUCACGGACGGCGAUUUCUGUGCCAAGUUGACCGAAGCUGUUGGAAUCACCUUCCCCAAGCUCCGCAGCUUGAACAGUGGCCUCAACGAGAAGUGUUCGGAUCUGUGGCUCGGAUAUCAGUACUGUAUCAAGGCUUAA